CGAAUGUUACGAUAAUAAUUAUCAUAUCACGCCGUUAAGUAUUUAAUACUGAUGAGUGUUGGUCUACUUGAGAGAUAAUAGUAACAGCUAUCAUUUGAAUAAUUUCUGUUUCUCCAUAUCAUUCAGCGAUCAAAUGUACACUGUCAUCUAAUAACACUUCUGAAAUAUGAAACGUCGCAUUUAUAUGCAAUCCACAUAUAUGGAGCAAAUAAGAGAGGCACCCCAAAUUCAAUCUCACUCUUUGGAAGGUUUCAUUCCUCUUCUCAGUCUUACUGAGGGAUGUGGCGCGCUUCUUGUAAUCUUGAUGAUUGUAUGGACAGGAUAUUAUAGACAAGGUUUCUCAUGGAGAUCUAAUCCAAAACUCGAAUUUAACUGGCAUCCUUUAUUAAUGACUAUAGGGCUUGUAUUUUUAUAUGCCAAUGCCAUGCUUCUCUAUAGAACACAAAGAAAUGUUCACAAACAGCGACUAAAGUUAACUCAUGCAGGAAUAAUGUUGUUUAUUAUAUUGUUAGUGGUGAUCGCUUUAGUAGCCGUCUUCGACAGUCACAAUCUUGCUCCGCUUCCUAUACCAAAUAUGUAUUCUCUACAUAGUUGGGUUGGAUUGACUACCGUAAUAUUAUUCUGCUGUCAGUGGGUCGCUGGAUGUGUUUCCUUCCUUUAUCCCGGAUUGCAAACUCCAUUACGGGCUUCUUAUAUGCCAUUGCAUGUAUUUUUUGGCAUUGCAGCCUUUGUGGGCGCAAUUGCUUCGUGCUUGUUGGGACUUAACGAGAAAGCGAUCUUUGCAUUACAAAGUAAAUAUUCAGCCUUCGUCAGUGAAGGGAUAUUGAUAAACUUUAUAGGAUUACUGCUGGUAUUGUUUGGAGGCUUAUCUGUAUAUUUAGUAACGCAGGAACGUUAUCGACGUUUGUCAAGACCUGAGGAUGAAGUCCUAUUAUCCGGCUAAUAGGAAUUAUGAUGUGUUGCCAGAUUUGUUCAUCGAUAUAAAUAAACUGGAUG